AUGUAUGGUUACGUCAAUAGGAGUGUUGAGCGCAAAUGGUUGGAUUUGUGUGAGGCUGGAGUGGUUGGAGUGGAAGGACAGCUCUGGGCUGUCAUACAACUGGGGGACCGACUCUCAGGCAAGAGAUAUCUGGUGGUGGUAUACGUGGUCACCGCAGGUCUUCACGACGACGACCUCGGCUGCGAUGAGGAGGAGACCGUUCUCUUGGCGUGGGUGGUGGUCGACCAGACCAAUGCCAAAUUCAGCGGUUCUGACCGUAAGAUCUGUGAUAUAAGUGAGCGAAUGGUCCGUCAAAUACUCGCCAGACAUGAGAUGCCAGACAAUCGCUUUUUUGUGACUCUGUUAUCCAAAACAAACUUCAAGACCACUCAAGAAGUACUUAAAUGUCGUGGAAUAGCCCAAAGCUAA